AUGUGGUACACGGCGAGUAAAUGUGCACUGCCUCCAUCAGGUCGCGCCUUGGUAGAGGGGCAGACGUGGCAUACACAGCGAAGUCUGCAUUUCAUCUCAUAUUGUAAUUCUGGUAAGAUAUUUUCCCAAUAUUUUGCUGCUUUCAGGCGCCGAAGUGGGUACCGAUACCUAGGUUCAUUCGAAGGCAAGAACUGCGAGAAGAGUACUCCCAUACGAUCCCGAGUUAUGUGGUUCACCCCGUUCGUAGCAUGGGAAUGGAACCCGACUUACAACAAAAUAUCCUACAUUCAGUUCAAACCAAACGACCUUCUGGCAUGGUCUGAUCCAUUCGAGGAACUGACAAGUCAAUACCGCUCAGUUUCCAACCUUGUUGUCCUUUGUCGUCUUAUGGUCAGCCUCAACGAUUCAACUCCACGCGGUACAUUCCAUAAUGUUUCAUACUAUAGCAUGUUCGCCACACCAACUCUACAUUUCCUCCGUUCGUUCCUCCCCACCGGGCUCGAUAUCCUCCUUCCUUCCGUGAAGUGCGGGUCAGGAUUCUCAUACAUCCGAGGAAAAUCGCGGCAUCAAUCGACGCGGAUCCUGGUUACAGAUGACCUCCCCCCUAUGGCUCCUUCCGGUCCGAGAAAUAUUAACUUUGCCAACUUGAAGAAUCACGUUCCUGCGCCACAGAAGGACCUCGAGCUUAUGCUGACAGAUCUUACAAUGGCUACUCCUUGGUACAUAAUGAUGUACGACCAGAAACGGUCUUCAUCCUGUUCGGUCUUUCUUGCAGGAACCAUUCAGCGGCGGCACCGCAAUGGUGAAAGGCUAAAAAUUUUGACCAGCGGGGUCCAGACUGUCGUUCCGCGUGUAGUUCAAGUUACGCACUGCCUGACGCUUUACUCCUACCUCGGUACCCAUUUAAAGCUCGAAAUUCUUAUGUUACCUCAUUCGGAUGACAAUCCCCCUGACAUUGACAGUUGUAUAGCUCCUGACAAACAACCCAUGGAUCCAGUCUCCUUCACGAGGGGGCAGCCCACGCCUCCCAAGAUAGGCCUUGGCCAUUUUCGGCGCUUAUCUCCCAAAGAUCAUGCCGCCUUUAAAAGCAUCGAGGGAACGACUGCUCUACUCCCUUUCGAUCUUGAAUCAUCAUCAAACCCAUUAUCUUCGUCGAUUGCACCUCCACCGGUCCCCUCUUAUACCCCACAUCUUCACCAGGGUCCAUUCAACGCACGUCGCUUAAUCUCGAUUUGGACACUAUUUAAACGCCAACAAUAA